AUAAAAGAGGUUUUUGACUAUUUAAAUCAUUGGCGAAGGGUAUGAGAUGGUAAAGAUGUAUAAUGAAGAGGUGCGAAGGUCUAGGAGGACGCGCCAACAGCGCAAGAUGUUCUCUGGACUUGAAACAGGAGAGAUAUUGGAAGAUAUAAGUGGAAGUGAAUUGGAGUCGAAUGAAGGAGAAGUAUUGAUUGAGGAUGAAUAUACAGAGUCAGAAGAAGUGGAACGACAUAGUAAUGGGAGGGUUAAUAAGCGUAUUAAAGAAAGAACGAAGAAUUCACGAAAGAUGAGGGAUGAAAUAGAAGGAGUUAAAUUGAAACGGGUAUUACGGUUAGAAGAGAGGCAAGAAGAAGGGAAUUCGUUGUUUGAAGCUCUUAUAGAUUAUGAGGCAUCAUUGGAGGCAUUAGUUUUAGAUUGGAUAGAUACGUAUGAACGGGAUGCACAACAGGGAUUAGUAGAGUUAAUUAAUUGUAUAUUAAAGUGUUGUGGAUGUGGUCAAAUGAUUAAUAUAGAUCAUCUGGCGGACCAAGAUUCGGUUACAGACACAUUAUAUGAAAUACAAGAAGCAUCACGUGUGAAUUUGAUGCGAGAUUAUCCUAUUAUUUCUAAAUCAAAUAUGUAUAAGGGGUUUAAAAAACGAUUAAUUGAUUUUGUGCAUCGGUGGAUAGAUCAAGUAUCAUUGCGAGAACAUCUAUACAAUAGUCCGGAAUUAAUGGAACAGAUUCAAGCAUGGGUAAUUGCAAUGUCAAGUUCUACGUUUCGUUCGUUUAGACAUACGAGUACGUUAAUUAGCUUGGCAAUGGUUACAUCAUUAUCUGGUGUUCUUAAUAGAGUAACUAAGGAGGAACAAAUUGCUAAUAAACAGUAUGAAACGGAAAAAAAGAGACGUUCAAAUGAGGAGCGAAUGAAAAUUGUUAAAACUAGGAUUAGUACAUUUGGAAAACAAAUAGAAUUUCUAAAAACUACAAUUAAUGAUUUUUUUGAUAGUGUAUUUGUUCACCGAUAUCGUGAUAUAGAUCCUAAAAUUCGUUGUGAUUGUGUCCAUGAACUUGGUCUUUGGAUGAUUAAAUUGCCUAGUAUAUUCUUUGAUGGUAUAUAUCUUCGAUAUUUAGGAUGGGUUCUUUCAGAUAUAAGUCCAUUGACUCGUCUGGAAGUUGUGAAGACUUUAUCUAAACUUUAUUCUAAUAAUGAAUUUAUUGCUGGACUUAGACAUUUUACAGAAAGAUUUAAACCUAGACUUAUAGAAAUGGCAUUGCAUGAAGUAGAUUCAAAUAUUCGCUGUUCGUCUAUUACUUUAUUAAAUGGAGUACGACUUUGUGGGUUUUUAGAAGACGAUGAAAUUGAUUUAAUUUGUACUCUUCUUUUUGAUACUGAUUCUAGAAUAAGAAAAAGAGUAUCACCUUUUUUCCUUGCUAAAGUUGAGGAAUUAUUUGAAAAUAAAAUACAGGAAUUAGGCGAUCCUACAUUAAAAUGUAAAAUUGGUACUGAAAAUGGUGAUUCUGAACUGAAUAAACCUUUAUGGAUAAAAUAUAAAGUUAUUGCUGAGCUUUUGAUUCAAUUGGAUGAAACAGCUGACGAUGUUAAUUCCUCUAAUAAGGAAAAUAUAUUUGUUAAGGAUUUUAAUAAUACAGACUAUCUUGAUAUUGCAUCUGAUUUGAAACCUCAAAAUAGAAUACAUAUGGUUUCAAUGGCAAUAUGCUCUGAUAUCGAAGAAUUAAAGAAUUGGGAAUCAUUGGCAGAGUAUUUGUUACACGAUCAUGUAGCUGUUUCUUCAAAACUUGACUCCUCAAAAGAACCUAAACAUAGAUUUUAUCAAAUAUGUGCUCCAACUGAAAAGGAGGAAAAUGUGCUUUUGCAGGUUCUUUAUGUUUGUGUUUAUCUUGAUAUUUUUUCUCCAGAUUAUGAUAUAAAAUCAAAAAAAAAGUUAUUUUCGCAGAUUAAAGAUGAACAUGAAGAAAGUGUUUCAAGAAUUUUACUUGGAUUGGUUCCAUCUUUAUUAAAAAAGUUCAAUUUCUCAGCAGAUGCCUCUGUAUCUAUUUUGCGUUUAGAACAGUUAAUAAAGUUAAGUGUUUAUCAGAAUUUUCGUCAAAAUAAAACAUAUGAAAAUUUGUUGGAUUUAAUUGGAAAGCAAUUUAUGAAACAUCCUAAUAAUUUAGUCAUGAAAGAAGCUAUUUCUUCUUUACUUAAAGCUCAGCAGUUUGAUGAGUUUUCUUCAAUAACUCAGGAAAAAAUUGUUGAAAUCCAGGAAGAGGCUGUUAAUCAAUUAAAAAACAUCAAAUCCAAUAGGGAUUUAAAAACUGCACAUCUCUCAACUAAAAUGAUUGAGAAUCUUACUAUUGCAAUUAAGAGAUUAGAUUAUAUAUCUUCAAUUUCAGAUUGUAUAAAGGUUUUUGAAACUGAUUCUUUUAAGGUUUCUUUAACUUUACUUGAACUUGUGGAAAGAAUAAUAUCAUUUGAUGAUAGCGAAUUAGAGAUGAUUAUAAGUUCUCUGAGAACAUUGAAGUGGUUAUAUCUAUGGAAAGUAAAGCAUCUUAUUGAUCAUAAGGAUAAUAUAUCAUCUAAAGAACUUAAUGCGAUAAUUGCUGAUCGCGAUAAGCUUUUUGAUAAGUUUUACCCUAUAAUAGAAAAUAAAAAAUAUUAUAGAAUUGGAUAUUAUGCUGUGUCUUUCUUAAUAGAUUUGUAUGUAAUUUUUUUUAAUCUUAAAACGAUAAAUACAAAGCAAAUCUUUGAUGAGACUAUUUUUAUUAUACCUGAAAAAAUGCAGAAUAUUAUUAUAUUAUUACUUAAUCAUUAUAUAAAGCAAUAUACUAAAGUUAAUGAUUCUAGAGGCGUUAAAUUUUUAAUUGAUGAAGAAACGGAUCAUGAACUUGAGGAUAAUAGCGAUGAAAAAACACCUUUGGUUUUAGAAAAAUUUAUGUGUGAAAUUACAGGAAAAGUCGUAUUAGCAAUUUUAAAUGGCGCAAUGAGCAAUAAAUAUAUUCCAUAUCUUAUAGGAAAUAGAGAUAAAUUAGGAUUAAGUUACAAUCAUAUAGUAUCUGAGCUUGAUAUAUUAGAGACAAAUGAAAAAAAUACCGAAAAAAAUUAAAAAUAAUCAUGAUUGAUAGAUAUAUACAUAUAUAUUAUAUAUAUA